CUGUAACUAUGAAAAACAGACCGACCACAAACUCUUCACAUCUCUCCCCUCCGCUGCUUUAAAUAUCCAAUCCUCCUCCUCGCCACCACUACCGCCACCGUCAAACGCCAUUCGCAUCUAGAGAGAGGAAGAGAAAAGGAAGCUCUAGAUAGAGGAGUUGAGUGAAAGUGUGAGGUGAAAGAAAUGGCAGGAAGAGUAGAUCUGGACGGGAAUCCCAUAAAGCCGAUGACAAUAUGCAUGAUAGGCGCCGGAGGUUUCAUAGGCUCUCACCUGUGCGAGAAGUUGAUGUCGGAGACGCAGCACAAGGUGCUGGCUGUGGACGUGUACAAUGACAAAAUCAAGCACCUCCUCGAGCCCGCCUCCCUCACCUGGGCCGAUCGCAUCCAGUUCCACCGCCUCAACAUCAAAAACGACUCUCGUCUCGAAGGCCUCAUCAAGAUGGCAGAUCUGACCAUUAAUCUUGCUGCGAUCUGCACACCUGCCGAUUACAACACGCGUCCACUUGACACAAUCUACAGCAACUUCAUUGAUGCACUGCCUGUGGUGAAGUACUGUUCAGAGAAUGGAAAGCGACUUAUUCACUUUUCCACUUGUGAAGUUUAUGGGAAAACCGUAGGUUGCUUUUUACCCAAGGAUAGUCCAUUACGACAGGAUCCUGCUUACUAUGUCCUCUCUGAAGAUACUUCCCCCUGCAUUUUCGGCCCAAUUGAGAAGCAGAGGUGGUCCUAUGCAUGUGCAAAGCAAUUGAUUGAGAGGUUGAUCUAUGCUGAGGGUGCUGAGAAUGGACUUGAAUUCACCAUUGUCAGGCCCUUCAAUUGGAUUGGUCCUAGGAUGGAUUUCAUUCCUGGCAUUGAUGGUCCCAGUGAGGGUGUCCCAAGAGUGUUGGCAUGCUUCAGUAAUAACCUCUUAAGGCGUGAACCACUAAAGCUUGUUGAUGGAGGCCAAUCCCAGAGAACCUUUAUAUACAUAAAGGAUGCUAUUGAAGCUGUUGUCUUGAUGAUUGAAAAUCCUGGCAGGGCUAAUGGCCAUAUUUUCAAUGUUGGCAAUCCUAACAACGAAGUUACAGUUAGGCAGCUUGCCGAAAUGAUGACACAGGUAUAUUCAAAGGUGAGCGGAGAAGCUUCUCUUGCAUCACCAACCAUAGAUGUUAGUUCUAAAGAAUUCUAUGGCGAGGGAUAUGAUGACAGUGACAAGAGAAUUCCAGAUAUGACAAUAAUCAACAGACAACUUGGUUGGAAUCCAAAGACAUCACUAUGGGAUUUACUUGAAUCGACACUCACAUACCAACACAGAACAUAUGCUGAGGCUAUCAAGAAGGCACUCUCGAAAUCAACCGCUAGUUGAGUUUAAAAAGACGGUGUGUCGAGCUACUCAUGGACAGGUUCAUAUUCCUUUCAAGAAUAAUAGAAAAUAUCUAAAGUCAUCCUAGAUGGAGUUCUCAUGCAGCAAAGUUUUGUCAUUCAAGUGUCACUGCUAGUCGAUAAUAGUAGCUCAUAGUCCCUACAUGUUUGGGGAGCAUGUUGUACCAUUCUGUUCUGCACUUCUGCUUGUUCAAACUGCUUGUUCCUAAUCUGCCAAUACAGUUUAUUUAUUUAUUUAUGUGUUAUGUUUA